GCACCUCCUGCUUUUCGCCGCCUGCCAGCGAGUAGGAAAUCCCUCUCUCCCGGAUAAACGAGACGUCAAACGCCAAGAAGACAACUUCGUGAUGAAUUCUGACAAACUGACAGAAAUACCCGGUGACCCUGAGGAGGAGAAGAGGCUUGCCAAAGCCGCCCGCGAUGCCAACCGCCUCCCUGAGCUUCGCCUGGUCCUGCUGGGCUGGAGGUGGCCGGGCAAAAGCCUGACCGGAAACACCAUCCUAGGCCGAGAGGAGUUUCAUUUGGAGCGCGCGUCUGAAUUCUCGGUGAAGCGCGAGGCCGAAGUGGACGGUCGCAAGGUGAUGAUAGUGGACACGCCGGGUUGGUUCUCCUCCCAGACCACACCCACAUCGUACCAACAGGAGAUGCUGCGAAGUGUCAGCAUGUGUUCGCCAGGGCCGCACGCUUUUCUGCUGGUCAUCCCCGUGGGCAUGUUCACCGAGACAGACAGGGCUCGCAUAGAGGAGAACCUGGCGCUGUUCGGGGAGGACAUGUGGAAGCACACCUUGUUGGUGUUCACGUGGGCCGAGGUGCUGCGGGACCGGUCCAUCGAGAGGCACAUCCGCAGGGAGGGCCGCGAGCUUCAGUGGGUGGUGGAUAAGUGCAAGAAAAGAUACCACGUCAUCAACAACCAGAUUUUCGGGGAGAACCCUCAGCUUCCACUUCUGAUGGAGAAGAUUGAGAAGAUUGUGGCUGAAGAGGGAGGACACUUUAGAACUGAGGAGAACAAAGCCCAGAGUGAGGCUCCAGCCGAAGCUAGCAAUGGGAACCUGAACUCUAAUGCAGUGAAAGAGGAGCGUGAUCUUGGGGCCCGACCCAAAAAGAACUGUUCCUUUAGCUCCCUUCGGGCCAUGGACAUUGACCCUCCACAGAGUCCUAUGGUUGAGGGGGUGUCUGACUGAAGGGCAUCUGAACCGAGAGUG